AUGCCUGAGCCCAAUCCUGAACCAGGAGUGGAUCCUGACGUUCAGGUAGUUGCCGCUAUCCAACGCAUGACCGACCUUUUGGCUCACGUAGUAGAACAACAGGACCAAAAUCCUAUUAAUCAGUCGGGAAACCCUGGUAAUCAUGUAAAAGGUGAGGAUAGAGCUCUCGAACGAUUUCAUAAGUUCUCCCCACCGAAAUUCAUUGGAGGACCGGACCCAGACGUGGCCGAGAAGUGGUUGGAGAAGAUGAUUGACAUUUUUGCUGCUUUACACUAUAUGGAGGAGAGACAGGAGAAGAAGGAGGAUGAGUUUAUUCAACUACGCCAGGGAGCUCAAACUGUAGCGGAAUAUGAGAGCCACUUCCCUAAAUUAUUUAAGUUCGCUCCUGAACUUAUUAUGACUGUGCAGAGGCGAAUAAGGCGGUUUGUUCAGGGGCUGAAUAUAGAGAUUCAAAAGGAUCUAGCGGUGGUCCAGAUUAACACAUUUAGCGAUACUGUGGAGAAAGCCUUGCGAGUUGAAAAUACGAGGUUACAAGUUAGAAAUUUCCAAGCAAAGAAAAGGGCUAUUCCUGAAAAUAGCUUAGGGAAAAGGGAUAAGAGUACACCUCUUAAGUUUGGAAGGGGUACUGGAGGAGUACGACUACCAGGGAUGUCAAGAGGUGCCCCACAGGGAGGCUCGACCUCUGCUUCCCGUGGUCCCUGUGGGUACUGUGAGAAACUGAAUCACCCGGAGGAUAUUUGCUGGAAGAAAGCGAGGAAAUGCCUACGUUGUGGGAGUGCAGAUCAUCAGAUCGCUAAUUGCCCAGUCCUACCUAGAGAAGGGAGUGAGAACCGACAGUCUACCAAGACCAACCUUGGAUAG